AUGAAGUUCUUCUUUUUGAUACAAUUGACGAUUAUCUUUUGGAAUAAAGUUGUUCACAAUGCAGAUUUACGUGUUGUUUGUUAUUAUACCAAUUGGUCAUUAUAUCGUGAAGCAAUGCCAACACUUUAUCCUGAUCAUAUCGAUCCGUUAUUAUGUACGCACAUACAUUAUGCGUUUGCAGAUAUUGAUCCAUUAACGUUGGCGAUUACGCCAAUCGAAGAACAUGAUAUUCAUUGGACAGAUCGGUUAGGAAUGCCACUUUAUUUGAGAAUGUAUGGGUUAAAACGACGAAAUCCAAGUUUGAAGAUUAUUCUAUCGGUAGGAGGAUGGUCGGCAAGAAGUAAAGGUUUUAAUGCAAUAUUAAGAAGUGAUAAUACACGUGCAAAAUUUAUUAAUCAAACGAUCACUUUUCUCGAAGAAUGGCAAUUCGAUGGAUUGGAUCUUGAUUGGGAGUUUCCGGGUUCACGCGAUCGUGAUGCAGAACCUGAUAGUAAACUCAAAUUCAAUAUUCUCGUACAAGAAUUACGACAAGCCUUUGAAGAGGAAGCUGGUCGAAUGAAUAAAUCAAAUCGAUUAUUAUUAACAGCAGCUGUUGCCUCCGAUCCAAAGAAAGUCAACGAAGGUUAUAUCGUCGACGAGUUUUGCAAUUCAUUGGAUUAUAUCAAUGUUAUGACAUAUGAUUACCAUGGAAAGUGGGAUUUGGUCACAGGUAUUAAUAGUCCGUUGUAUAGAAGUAAUGCAGAAUUAGAAGAUCAUGAGGAUUGGAAAAAUUCAAAUUCUUCAAUUUCCUAUUGGAUUAAUCACGGAUGUCCACCAUCGAAAAUGAAUCUUGGUUUGGCUCUGUAUGGACGAUCAUUUACAUUAAGUGAUCAUCAGAAUACUUCAAUUGGCGCAAAGACCAUCGAAGGUGGUGGAGAAGCUGGACCGUAUACGAAAGACAAAGGAAUUCUUGCGUAUUUCGAGAUUUGUCAAAAGUUGCGCGCACAUAAUUGGACAACCGAAUGGGAUUUAGAUUCUCAAUCUCAAUAUGCUUAUUCGGAUACAGGUCAAUGGGUUGGAUACGAUUCACUUCGAAGUGUUACAUUGAAAGUCAUCUGGGCGAAGGCAAUGGGACUUGGUGGUGCGAUGCUAUGGUCGUUAGAUUACGAUGAUUAUACAGGCUUAUUUUGCAAUCGUGGUGAAUUUCCAUUUACUCGUCGUGUCUAUGAGACGAUGUUUGAUUCUGUUUUAACCACUUCGACCUUGUCUAUAACAAAUGAAUCCCAAAUAACGACGACGACAGUAAUUUCCUCAACAAAUAUGUCCAAAUUUUCAUUAUCAUCAUUCAAUCGAACGAAUAAACCGAACUUCGUCGUUGUGCUCAGUCCAUCGCAUCGAACAAAAAGCAUUUUGGAUUCUCGUAUGGUCAAUGAGGCCGGUGACCAUUUUCAUCUAUUAAACUCACUCUUUUUAUUAUUAUUUCUAUCGGUGUUUCAUUUCUUCGAAUAA